ACGAAUUCCAUUGCCAGAGGAGUUUGUGCGUUUUAUGUUUCACUGAAACUACAAAUCUGGUGUAGAAGUAGCCCCGUCAUUAAUAAUAUUCAAGAUACUAUAAUUUACCCCAAAUCUUAAUAAAUGCAUAAGCUUAAUAUACGAUCUCAAGUCACCAUUCGAGGCUCAAUUGUACAUAUUUGUAUGAACGACUGUACAGUUUGAUAGUUCAUGUUGAAGAACCUGCCUGUUUGUAGGAUGGGGCCUACACAAUAAAUAAAUAAAACUAAAUACUGGUGUUAGUCUCAUCAACCUCAUCCCUACCUUAUGAUGAAAUGUGUUCGUUUUGAUAUUUCCCUUUAAUUCUGCCUGUACACUUUAUUGAGCAUGCUUCUUCCCCUUGUGUGGUGUUUUCCAUUUGUGUUUUUGUUCAUUCUCACUUAAAGACAUAGGAACAUCGACAGCUGCUCUUCCAUUAUGAAGUCCUCCAUGCAAGGGUCAGGAGCAAGCUUUAGACUUACUAAAAGUCUUACAGAAAUUGCCAGUGAACUUGGAGGUUUUGACAAAGACAAGGAUUGGUAUGACUGUUAAUGCCCUCCGAAAGUCUAGUACUGAUGAGGAAGUGAUAAGUCUUUCAAAGACUUUGAUAAAAAACUGGAAGAAGUUUCUUUCAGGAUCCAGUACACCAAACAGUAAAGAUUCGGGAAACAGUUCCAAAAAGACAAAAGAGAAAGAUGAGAAACCUAAGGAGACUGAAAACAAGGAAAAAGAAAAGGAGAAGAAGCAGCCUGUUCCAACGACAUUCCCUCCUGUGUCUUCAAAUACAACUGAUGCAGUUCGUCUAAAGUGUCGGGAAUUGCUUGCUGUGGCAAUUAGAGGGGAUGGUGAAAUUCCUGAGGGAUGUGCAACUCCAGAAGAACUGGCUGAGGAACUAGAAGAAGCCGUCUUUCACGAGUUUCGCAACACUGAUAUGCGAUAUAAAAACAGAAUACGUAGCAGAGUUGCAAAUCUAAAAGAUGUAAAAAAUCCUGGCCUCAGGAUGAAUUUCCUUGUGGGGGUCAUAUCUGCCAAUAAAUUAGCUGUAAUGACAGCAGAGGAAAUGGCAAGUGAUGAGAUGAAGAGCUUAAGGAACAAGUUCUUGAAGGAGUCUAUCAAUGAUGCCCAGCUGGCUACUGUCCAGGGAACAAAGACAGACUUGUUGAAAUGUGGCAAGUGCAAGAAGAGGAAUUGUACAUAUAACCAGGUUCAGACAAGGAGUGCUGAUGAACCUAUGACAACAUUUGUGAUGUGUAAUGAAUGUGGAAACAGGUGGAAAUUUUGUUAAAAGAUCUCUCACAGUAAAACUACUUGAAAUGUUCGCAUGUUAAUUGCCCACGAAUGUUAGAGACCUAUAACUUGAAGCUAAAAUGUGUGUUCAUUAUCCUUCAGUAUGUUAAUGUCUCCAUUUUAUUGCUUAAAUGAUAAGACUUAAACAGUGUAAGAUGAUUGUACAAAUUUAACUUCAUUUCGGGUUGUGUGGUGCUAGAUUCACAUGACACGUUCAUGAUACUGAUCAAAACUGUCCAGAAUCAAUAUAAAUUAUAAACAAAUAUUCCACCAGUGAUUGAUAUUCACUUGUCAUCAGGUCGUACAUCUGUUGCAUAAAUGUUUCACUGUGGUGUGUAAGCUAUCGGAAGCACUCUAUAAACUUAUAAUUGUAUAAAAAAGAAUUCCAAAUAUGAUACAUGUUUGCAGCAUCAGGUCGCUUUUUGUUUUCACAAGUCGUCGUAUAAGUAAUGCAGUGGUGAGAUUGUGUAGCUUCAUAAACAAUUCUGCACUCGUUUAAAUGUAAUCAAGAAUGUGAUUCUUGUAGACCAAGACACUUUAGGGUUAAUGAAUACUGAUGACAUGCAGUAAGACAGAUUUACUGUACACUUUCACAUUUAUUAUUUGCUUUUCCGAUUUUUUGUUUUGUUUUUGAUGUUUGGUGGUAAUUUAAUAAUCUUCCAUUUCACUCCUCCUCCUCCCCCCCCCCCCCCCUCCCAUCCUUCCUCGCUCGCUCGCUCCCUCCCUCCCUCCCUCCCCAUUCAGCAUUAUUCUUCUAGAAAAGUAAAAGGAAAAUUCUGGGAAUUUAUGCUUCUACUUUUCCUUUCAAACAGUUGUUCUCAUUUCUGUAGCUGGUAUUUCUAUACCAGGUAGAGCUUUGUCUAUAAUCUUUUGUGUGUGUUUUGAGUGAAUAUUAAUGUUAUAAAGUCAUUACAUUUAUUGUAGUAACAAUAAAUUAAGAUACAUCUGUUGAAAUUGGAGAUCCUUGGAGGUCUUGGUGCUACAGUAGGCGUGCACCAGUUUGUGGUCUUGGAUACAUUUUGAUCAGAAAUCAUGCUUUUGAUGUAAAUACAGAUGUUGCUUUUUUGUGUACUCAUUGAUGACAAUUAUGUUUUAAUAAAAAUUUUUACAUACAUUGUUUUAAUCCCAAGAUGAACUUGUGAGCAAUGUAUCAGACACACUGUAUAAUAUUGAGAAUGACAUGUAGUUGUGUUAGCUAUUACAAAUAAUAUUACAUAGAGUGGGUUAACUGAGUUUUCAGUACCUUGUGCACUUUUGUUUGCUAUCAGCUCAUUGAACUCCGUAUCACAGUAUCAAUUUCUAUACAAUUUAAUGCCAAGUUCUGUGACAUCAGUGCUAAUGUGUUAGUUAAAUAUAAACUUCAAGGUCUGUGCUUCAAACACUUAUUUGAAUUUGCUUUUGUACAGUAACUCAGUAGAACUGUAACAUAAAAUAAAUUCUUUACUUUGUAUUUUGCUUUGACCUAGUAAGAAAAGACAAUGUUUUGCUGCCUUUUUGCUUGCCCCAAGAAAUACUAUCUUAAUUAUAAAUAUAAAAUGUCAAACUGUAAUUUCAGUGUAUUACAUCAGCUGUAAUUGCAAGACACUGCACUAAGCAAAAUCUGGUCUGGGAAAUAUUUUAAGUAAGACUGAUGUGAGACUGAUCCGUGUUAAUGAAUGUCUAGAAUAUGCUAGAAAUGGCAGCCAUUGACAGCAGUGCUUGAUUUCCCAAGUGAGAGACAGGCAUAACAGCUCUGCUUGAGUGAUAGCAGGAUAGCAUUUCAGUGUUCUGCUGUAGCUCUUUGAGUGUGCGCAGAUUAUCUGAGUACUGUUGACCCUUAAAUUAACCUCACAGGUAAAAAUUGCAGGGACAGAUGUCAGGCGAUUGAGAUGACCAGAAGAUUGCACUGUCUCCGCUGAUUGUCCUUUCCUCACUGGACAUCUCAUGCACUCGUGACAAAGUUGUCAAGACAGUGUAUGCUGUUGCUCCAUCUUGCUGAAAAUAUCCAUAUAGUCUUUAUAGAUGUCUGUGAGUUGAUUCAAAUGUGGAUUAAACACUUUCUGGGCAUACUGAUCAGCAUUAAUAACAGUGUGGUGAAAGAAUCGUAUUAUAAUGCAGACACCAAUUGUUGCACACCAGGCGGAAAUCUUGAUAUUAGGCAGUUGGCUUCGAAGUACUGAAGGGAUUUUCUGAUGCAUAAUGAUGUGUAUUCUGGGAGUUCACAUAACUUGAUGAUGAACCAAGCCUCAUCUGGAGAAAUAUAAAACAGACUCCAAAAGUCUGAAUUCCACUUCCCUCAGGAACCACCAACAGAACUUAACUUGCAAAGUUCAUGUGGAUGCUUUAACUAAUGCACAACAAUAAAUUGUAAGGCUACAGAAGCAGGUCAUUUUUGCGAUGACAAUCUUAUUAACUCCCACUUGCACAGAUAAAUGGCAUUGACAUUUUGUUGGACUUUCUUCCACCCGUGCAGUGUUUUCUAGUGUUCAAACACUUUUUCAGAUAAUUUCAGUUUUUAUUCUCGUUGGGGCAUUUUUUGUGCCACUAAGCUUUGCGUUGCAAACUUUUUGGGAGGUUUUGCCAAAACACUCCCAUCUUAAAUUUCAGUGCUAACAGUUCUGCAUGCAUUUUCCAUGAAUUGUGCUUUGCAUAACAAAUGGCAAUGAACUCAUGCUGUUUUAUCGUGAGCACCAAUUUUUUGUUGCAUUCAGUUGGCCACUAAAUACAUCUGCUCCUCUCACUCACUCAGACACAACAGCGAAAUACUGAGGAGCAAGCAAGUGGGAGAAGCACAUGUGCAGAUGUGUGACUAGUUGAUUGGUACAUUGAAAUUGGGGUUUCCAGCAUUUUGUGUAAUGGGAAUUUCUCCUGUUCAUUAAUGAGUGUCAACUAUGUUUUGGUCUUGUAAA